ACGUGACGUCAUCAGAAGAAAGCCAACAUGGCCGACCGAAGCUGAGAGGAUGUCCACAGCUAGCGAUAAGCCUCGGUGAAAUCCACAAUCCUCCCGUUUUGUGGUGCCGCUAUUUGAAUUGCGUCGAGCGCAGCGAGUUUAUUUUUUCUUAUCUCGAAUCGUGCCUCACAGGAAGCGGAGGUAGAAGUCUUAAGUUUUGUCCGAUAAGGCCUCGGCAAAGCGGGUUUUAGCACCUUAGCAUUAGCCACGUUAGCAGGAGAGGCAGCGCCUGCUUUUGUUUUUGUCGUUGUAAAGGUAAUGCGUUAAAAGUCGGACCCCGUAAAGCGUUUUGUUUUGUAUAUUUUACUUCGCCUUAUUUUUUUUGGUGAUAACCGGGACUGUGGAGACUUUUAGACUUUACCGCAGGUGAAGUCAGACUCGUCCUGGAGUCAGUGUUGUCAGUUGUUUAUCCUUUCCACAACAAAGCCAUUUAAAAAAAAAUAAUAAACUGACAUAUUCUCGCGUUGCGCCUUUGGACUGAGCUUAUUUGAACAUUACGCCAGGAAACAUGGAUACAAAGCGCGCACACAAGUCUCAGACUGGCGGUGGUGGUGGUAGUAGUUCUAGCAGCGGUGAGUCCAGCUGCGGCAGCCCCGCGUCCCCCUCGAGCAGCCCGGUCGAGGCGGCGAGCCAAGCCCCGCAGCCCGGCGCCAACGUGUUCGCCAACGACGGCAGCUUCAUGGAGAUGUUCAAGAAGAAGAUGGAGGAGGAGAAGAGGAAAAAAGAGCUGCUGCAGCAAACAGGUGGAGGCGCGAGAGCCACCGAGCAAGGACAGUCAUCAGUGGAAAAGAAGGCCCCUCCAGUGACGAGCUUUGUGGGGAAGCGCAGAGGCGGGGUGUUCCUAAAGACCGGCAUUGUUGCGAAGAAGCAGAAACAGGACUCAGAGGCAGAGCCAGGCAAGAGCGAUGCUUGGUCAAAGUACAUGGCUGAGGUGAAAAAGUACAAAGCCCACCAGUGUGGCGACGACGAUAAAACCAGGCCUCUGGUCAAGUAGGCUCCAGAACUUUCAAGGGGGAAAAAAAAAAGAGAGAGAAGCUACAGCAGAUCCUGACUCUCUCAAACUGCCACUUCACUUUUAAUUCUUUCAGAAACUGCUUUUUUUUUUGUCUUAUUUUGCCCUUUGUAUUGUCCUUGCCUUGUUAUUUGUUGGUUAUAUGAUAUGGUUUGAAAAGGUGUUUCAUAAACUUGGCAUUGAUUAAGUAUC